AUGUUAUCUUCUUCGAUCGCGAGUGCGAUACGAGUUUAUCCAAGGCUUCGGCUAUUGGGCGGACCGCUCAUCGCUGGUCUCUUUUUUCUAGCUCCUGGCAUUCCUACCAACGUACGGCAUCGAUUUCUGGCCAUCUUGAGCUUUCUUACGCUGGGAUGUGGUCUUUUUUAUCGCUCGCCGGAAAGCUUUCGUCGCGAUGUAACUGUUCAGUUAUUUCAAUGGCCUCAUAUUGACGUAGCGAACGAGUGCGAGUCACAUCUUGCACCUGCAGGCUAUCGAUGGGUUCAGGUCUCCCCUCCUCAAGAACACAUCAGGGGACCACAAUGGUGGGUGGACUAUCAGCCAGUCAGCUACAUUUUGAAUUCCAAACGUGGCUCGCCUCAACAAUUUGUAGAGAUGGUCAAUCGCUGUAAUGCGGCAGGAGUAGGAGUUAUUGUGGACGCGGUGGUCAAUCAUAUGACGAGUGGUCGGCCAGAGGGUUUUGGAACGUCAGGCUCUUCCUUUUCACAUUAUUCAUAUGACGAUAUUUAUGACUAUCACGACUUUCAUCAUUGUGGACGCAAUGGGAACGAUCACAUUUCCGAUUACACCGAUCGAUACGAGGUCCAGAAUUGCGAACUGCUUGGCCUGGCUGAUCUUGCCACUGAGACGACCAAGGUCCGCGAUACUAUUGGUACCUACCUAGAUAGCCUCGCUCGAAUUGGUGUCACUGGCUUCAGGAUGGACGCUUCAAAGCACAUGCCCGCGACCGAUAUCCGGGCGAUUCUUCAGCGCGUUACUAACCGUGGCCGUAUGCAUAUUGUGCAGGAAGUAAUAUUUGGAUUUGAUGAACCAAUACGGCCUGAAGAAUAUAUAAUGAAUGGCAAUGUGCAUGUAUUUCAAGGAGCUUCAGAUCUGAAGCGGCUCUUCAAGACGGACGGGAUGGCUCAUUUAGUACACCCAGUGGGUUGGGGAUCGGCCUGGGGGAAUGGCUACCUCGCGAGCGAACACAGCACAGUUUUCGUCACAAAUCACGACCUGGAAAGGAGCGGGGGAUCCCUUGUUGCGGCUGAUCCGCAAUAUUUGUUGGCCCAUGUGUUCAUCUUGACGUGGUCAUAUGGUCAAGUAGACAUCCUAAGUGGCUAUAACUUCACCAACUUUGAUGAUGGGCCAAGUCAAUUUCGGGUGCACUGUGGCCAAUUCGGGUGGCGCUGUGAGCACCGUCACCCAAUGAUAGUUGGUGCUAUCCAGAUUCGUGGCAGAUCAGGUUCACAGCCAGUGCGAAACAUCAUUACCUCGGGUAGCAACCGAACUGCGUACUCUCGUGGUUCAAAAGGAUUUAUUGCUCUAAAUAAUGAGCCCGAAGAAUGGAUACUUCCACCCGGGACACAGAUAGGUAUGAAACCGGGUGAUUAUCCAGACGUAUUGGGAUCGAAUCAGAUUGUGGUACGAGUUGGGGGUCGAGGUAGGUUGAUUGACUCAAUCGUUAUCCCUGGGUUUUCGGCUGUAGGAAUCCAUCUAUAG